AUGCUUCCGCUGCGUAUUUGUUGGCAGCUGGAGGUCUGUGAUGACAACAACUGCGCCUUUCUCCUGAAGCUCUUGGCAACGAUUGGGGCAAACGUGCCUCCAACGAGCUCCCCGGAGGAGAGUUUGGUACGAGUUGCCCAACGACAUGCUUUGCUGGGAGAGACCGCAACCUUUAAAGAUAUCGAGGCUUGGGCAUCCCGAGAGGCAAACCUACACAGGGGGUUCAUGCAGUAUCUUGUCAGAAGAUCGAACCGCAACCCUGACAUUCACAGGACUGUUGGCGACUGUGCGAUUGUUGUGGAACCCUGGAGCCCCGAUCCAAUAUCCUGA